AUGGAUCAUCACAAGGAAUCUGUGGGAAUUCGUGAAAUUCAACGAGAAAGUAAACUGACGGAGCUUUCACGAAAACACUCGAUGACUUCUCAGAUAAAGUCUUGGAAAGUACCACUCCACAUGGACGGACGGAAACAUGCUACUAGCGGACCUACUUCAAGGGAAGAUGAAUGUGGAGACGCCUACAUCUUCUUUGACGUCGCCGGCUUCUCCUUGUAUUUUUACUGCAGAAAGGUUGGAGAGCAUUGGGGAUCGUUCUUAUCACAAGAAAAUUUGUGCCAAAUUGCGUCGCUUUCGUCCAAGACAGAUGUGAAAAAGUGCGAUCAGGAAAAAUUAGGUCACUCAGCUUCCAAACGCAGAAGCUUCUCCAAACCCGAUGAGUUACGUCUAUCCUGUCAGGAAUAA